AACCACAGGUUUUUCUAGAUACCAAAUAUGUCGAAUGAGACAAGCUGAAAGAAUUUACUUCCCUUUUCAUAGCGUGGAGGCUAUUUAAAGAAGGCAGAAUGCGGGACAAGUUGGAGAGACUGCAGACUAUAAUCGAGCAGCAGGAGGUGUAUGAGCCAAACUUUUAUGAAACCCAGUAUGAUGUUGACAAGGCAACUUUGACUCAUCAAGCAGUAAUAUUUGAGAACUCCCCAGCUAUUGAGGGCAUCUUAAAGGAGGCUGAAUCAAUACGCAAAGACAUCUCCCUGCUCCACUUAGAGGUGGCACGUAUGUGCGCCCACAAUGAACGCUUUGCAACCUCCGUGCGCCGCCUGACUCUUCUUAAAAAGGAUUGUGACUCCAUUGCCAGAGGGAUCCAACAGCGGGGGGAGGCUCUGUAUGCACGUCUGCAGGCCCUGGGUAAACAGAGCAAAGAGCUGGAGGAGAAAGAGGGUUCCAGCUGUGCUGUUAGCCGCAUUGCCCGUGCUCAGUAUGAGUCACUGACCCGUGCCUUCCACGAUGCUAUGACUGACUACAAUAAGGCAGAGGAGGCUCAGAGGAAUACGUGUCGGGUGAGGAUCCAGAGGCAGGCCUCGAUACUGGGAAAAGAAAUCAGUGAUGAGCAGCUGGAUGUGCUGGUGGACAAAGGUGGUGAGGGCUGGGCAGAGCUGUCUCAGGGACUUCAGAAUCAAGGUGCGCCCUCGUGCCGCAUGGCCCUGUCUGAGAUCAAAGGCAGACACAAGGAGCUGGUGGAACUGGAGGCCAGGAUGAAGGAGGUCCACGAACUGUUCCUGCAAAUGGCCAUACUAGUAGAGGAGCAGGGAUCCAUGCUCAAUAACAUUGAGGCUCAUGUGUACAGCACUGAGGAAUAUAUUGAAAAAUGCAACUUUCACGUGAAGACGGCCGUACAGUACAAGAAGAAAAAUCCUUUUCUGCAGUGUUGCCCCUGUCUACCUUGCUGUAAAAACAACCAAAUUUUUUAGGAUUGUGUUUGAUGUAAAUUAGUAAAAAUCUGAAUAAACAUUUAAACAUGCAUGUGGAAGAAAUGGAACUAAACAAACAAAGUGCAAUAUGUCGAUGAUAGAUGAUUGCACUAAAUGUAUGGAAGACAGUUCU